GCUGCGAAGCGUCACACAUACAAAAAAAGAGGAAAAUAGGCAAGCUGUGGAAGAAAAAUAAGAAAAUUAUUUUAACGCCGACCGCAACUGACGUAUUUGUACUUUUAACAAAUAAUUUAUUAGUUCGUGCGUGUCGCAAGCAACAGCAGCAAAAUAACCAAGUUCAAUAUACGCCUAGAUAACAUAAUGUCGAAAAAUAAAAAAUUGUCGCUAUCGGGCGGCGACACGACAGAGAAAUUUAUCUAUAAACCUAAGGAUCUGAUAUGGGCCAAAAUGAAGGGCUUCACACCGUGGCCGGGCAUGAUUGUGGAGCCGCCGUUGGAUCUGCUUACGCAGCAGCAUCGCGCUAAUACCAAAUGCGUCUUCUUCUUUGGUUCGCGUAACUUCGCCUGGAUAGAAGAACACAACAUUAAACCCUUUGAGGGUCCCUGGAAGGACGAACUGGCCAAAGUAAGUAAACCGGCUGCCUUCAGACACGCCAUGGUGGACAUAGAAAAGUAUUUAAAUGAUCCAAACGAGGUCGAUGAGCAAAUCAACGAAAGUUGUGGCGUAGCCAAUCAUGCCACCGAGGCCGAUUUCGAUAAGAUUCGCGAUGGCCUCGAUAGCGAUGAGAAUCCCGAGGGCGGUGAUGCAAAUAACGGCGUGGUGGCGCACGUGGUGGGUAGUCCGGAUGAGUACGAGCAAACCAGCACUAAUGUGGCCGCGCUGGAUAGUGAAAAUAAUGCUGCGUCACCUCAACCUGCACCAGCCACGACGCCGGUGGUCGCAAAGAGUCAAGCUAAGCGUACGCCCAAAGCAAAGUCUAGCGCUGCCGUUGCCGUCUCAAAGACCAGCAAGACUGCCGCCACAAAGUCUGCACAGAAGCGGCGUAUCUCGGCUAUACAGACGUCAGGCGCUGCUGGCGGCGCAACCAGCGCAAAGCGCGGCAAACGCACGGUCUCCAGGGAGUUCGAUCAUUAUGACUUUGAUGGCGCAAGCUCGUCAUCGCCAACGACGGCACGACGCCGCGCAGAAGCUGAUCCUUUGCUGGCUUCUUUGUCGAAACGCGGUCCUAAUGCAAUCGCAUUGCUAGACCGUCCGGUGGUUACGCGUCCAGAGACGCAGGCUAUUGACAUGAACUCACGGCCGAACACGUUGGCUGAACGCGACAUUGUGGCUUCGGAACAAACGAUCGGUUUUCUGGGAUUGGGAAUGAUGGGUUCAACCAUUGUUAAGGAUUUGAUCUACACGGGUCACAAGGUUGUGGUCUGGAACCGCACCAUUGAUAAGUGUCAACCCUUUGCCGAGGCCGGAGCUGACGUUAAGGAUACGCCUAUGGAUGUGGUUGAAGCUGCAGAUGUUAUUUUCUGUUGCGUAUCGGAUCCUAAGGGUGCCAAAGAUCUUGUCUUUGGAAACUGUGGAGUCCUGCAGUUGAAGGAUUUGCGAAACAAGGCUUAUGUCGAAAUGUCCACUAUAGAUCCCGAUACCUCCAUGGAUAUAGGUGAGGGCAUUAAGCAAUGCAAUGGCCGCUAUUUAGAAGCGCAAAUACAUGGAUCACGACAGGAGGCUGCCGAAGGCAUGCUUAUAAUCUUGGCUGGUGGCGAUCGCUCGGUGUUUGAAGAGUGUCAUUCCUGCUUUAAGACCAUAGCGAAGAAUACCUUCUUUUUGGGCACAGAUGUCGGCAAUGCCUGCAAAGUUAACCUCAUACUGCAAACCAUACUCGGCGUUAGUCUAGUAGGCUUGGCUGAGGCGUUAGCAUUAGCUGACCGCUUCUCGAUUUCAUUAAAUGAUAUCAUAGACAUAUUUGACUUGACUUCUAUGAAAUCCCCGCUUCUAUUGGCCAAGGGCAAAGAAAUGGCCAAGGGCGAUUUUAAUCCUCAACAGCCGCUUAGUCAUAUGCAGCGCGACUUGCGGCUGGUGCUGAAUAUGGCCGAGAACUUGGAUCAAUCGAUGCCUGUCACUAGCAUUACAAACGAAGUUUUUAAGCACACCAAACGCUUGGGAUACAGUGAGCACGACUCAAGCGCUGUAUUUAGUUACUUCUGUGCAGAUCAAAGUUCAAAGCAAGAUAUCAAUCCCAUUCGCAUUGUCCUGCACGAUGUCUCCAAAGCAGUGAUGUUGCCGACGUCGCCAAUGGCAAUGCCAGUGCGACUCCCAAUGCGCAGACACAAGCGUCGCGUGAGCAUUUGAAGAGAGCAGAAAUGAAGAACGAAGUUGGGAGAGCGAAGAACAGAGAGAGCAUGUAAACAAAUAAAUUGAAGGGCAGGCGUACCGCUUUUUCAUACACAGUGCAUUAUAUUUUGAUGUGUUCGGAGCAAAAUACUUGAAUGUUAACGCAUAUUAGAACAAAAUUUAAAUUUCCUACAUUAGCUUUCACUCAUGUUUAUUGAAUUUUCUCAUUUGUUUUGAUCUAAGCGUUCAAUAUUUGUCUAGUAUGCACUCUGAUCUUUCGCAUGCAUCUGAAGCUGUAGUGGCACAAACCAGUGUCUCCUCUAAACAUAAUGUUUGUAUUAUUUUAAACAUUUGUAUUUUGUUUAAAUUUGGACGUGUGUUGUUAGCCUACGGGCUAUAGAAGCAAGAGGGCAAUUUUUUGUAUAAUUAGAAAGGAAAAGAAAAACAACACAAACAGCAAUAACUAAGAAAAUAUAUCCAAGCAUGUGCAGACCUUAUUGCAUAAA